AUGACCGACAUGGCAUCUCAGCCAGGCCCGGUGAUGGAGUUUCUCGGUCGUGUGGCUUAUGAAUUUGAAAUAAUGCGACCUCUACUUCCAACUUACCUCCAUCUCCUGGUAUCAGCGAUCUUCCCGAUCUACACUGCAGCUCAUGCUUCUUUGGCAAGACCAUCCUCUGCCGCUCCUCCCAAACGCAAGAAAUCUGCCACCAGUGACGAAGAGCACGAGGAAGAUGAAUCCCAGAAAAUCGAGAGUUUGACUCCUUCGGAUGCUAUCCUGUUCCCUCUCCUGGCGGGCGGGACCUUGGCAACCCUCUACUUCAUUCUGAAAUGGCUUCAAGACCCGGCUUGGUUGAACUGGAUUUUGGGAAUCUACUUUUCUCAAAUUGGCUUGUUCUUUGCUGUGAAGUUCUUGAAAGACGUGAUGUCGGUGGCUCGUUCAUUGCUGUUUCCUACUGAAUACUCAAGCAGGGGCCACUUGUGGAAAGUUGAUCAACAAAACCACUGCUUCAAGACGGACAGUGGCCAUAGCAUAGCAACACCAUUCCCGGGAUUUCUUCGAGCCGUCCCACUUCCCACAUUUGUCUUGCAGCACAUUUGGAACUUCAGGGACCUUCUCUACACGAAGGCACGAUUCAAUUUCCAUCUUCAUCGACUGAUCACCGUAAAGGGUCCUGUGGAAAUUCUCGACGUUGCAAGUCUCAUUCUUUCCUGCGCCAUCGUCUAUUAUCAUGGCUUUGUGUCGAAACCCUGGUUCUUGACCAAUUUUCUGGGCUUCUCAUUUUGCUAUGGCUCCCUUCAAUACAUGACACCAACAACUGCGUGGACUGGCACGCUUGUCCUAUGCGCUCUUUUCUUCUAUGACAUCUACUUUGUUUUCUUUACUCCUAUGAUGGUGACAGUAGCCACAAAAUUGGAUGUCCCCAUCAAAUUGCUCUUUCCACGACCGGAUGGGUGUAUCUUUCCCGUUGGGGCUCCCGAGGGUUCAUCUGCGAUGGAAGAAUACCUGCAAUGUCUGGCAGAGACGAGAGCGAUGGCUAUGUUGGGUCUGGGCGAUAUUGUGGUUCCCGGGAUGAUGCUUGCGUUUGCUUUGCGGUUCGACUUGUAUCUCCAUUAUCUGCGACUGGGUGAAGCGGGAAAGAAGCCAAGUAAGGAAGUGCAGGAAAAGGAGAGACCGAAGCCAGUCUAUGUCAGCGCGAAAGGAAGCUGGGGUGAACAAUUGUGGACGAGUUCAAAAUUCUGGUCGACGGAGAUCAAGGCGAAGAAAUUCCUAAAGCCCUAUUUCUACGCCACCAUCGUUGGCUAUCUUGCUGGAAUGAUCACCACGGUUGUCGUGAUGCAGAUUGCAGAGCAUGCUCAACCUGCAUUGUUAUAUCUGGUUCCUGGAGUCUUGCUCUCGCUGUGGGGGACUGCUUUAGUGAAAGGGGAUCUGAAGGCACUUUGGCAGUACAGCGAGCUUCCAGAGGAUGAAGCAAACAAGAAAAGCGAAGGCAAGAAGAGCAGAAAGGAAGGAGCGCAGUCUAACGAGGGCAGCAGAAACGAGGUUCUGGGUAAUGGAGACGUCGAAGUUAAUGGAAGAGAGAUUGAACCUGCGAAGGCGCAGGAAGACGAGACGCAGAGGUCUGCAAGCAAGGACCCCAGGAACGACGACGGUGAGAGAAAAUGCCGUAGACUCGUCUCCUUCUCGAUUACAUUACCAAGCCCGCGUCACGGAGAGGAUACGCCAAGUCCUACCAACGAGGCUUCUCUCAAGGCAAAUACCGCGCAGAUCGAAGGUGAAAUGGAUGGCUUUGUAAGCAAAUAUCGAGAGCAACGAGCAGAUGGGGAGCCUCCAGAGAAGAGAGCAAGAGGGAUAUGA